AUGGCGAGUACUCGUGAUUCCCAUUCGUUUGCUUGCGAUGAGUGCCGACUCAGGAAGUCGAGAUGCUCAAAAGGGCGGCCAGUUUGUUUGCAAUGCCAGCAGUUGAACAAGGAGUGCAAGUACAGCCCGAAAGUCACCCGGAGCCCUCUGACGCGGCAGCAUUUGACCUAUGUUGAAGACCGCUUGCAUGCGUUUGAAACAGCCUUAAGCAGGCUCUUUCCUGGAGGCGAUCUGGAUGCAACUCUUCGAUCUCUUUUGCAGAACCCAGAGCCUCCCAAGGCCCCCUCAUCCAAAUCGUCUUCAAGGCAUUCGACUCCGGCAAGGCCUGAAGCAGAGCGUACUGAACCUGCGCCCGAGGCUCUGCCGCAGCAGGCCGAUGGUUUUGACUGGGCCGAGAAAGAACUCGCACUAGGAGAUCUGGCAGAUGGCAUGGCCGCAUUGUCGAUCAAGCCAGAGGGAGCUGGCUAUUUCGGAUCUUCAUCCAGUGUUGUACCGCUGAGAGCGCUUUUUGACCACGGAUUCGACCUGAACAUACCAGUUCGCGCGUCAAGGUCUGGUGGUGUGCCACUCAAAGCACAACUUCUUGAAAGUGCCCCGUCUGGCUUGAUUGAACAAGCAUUUAUUGAUGCCUACUUUCUCAACUAUCACACUAGCUAUCCGUUCGUUCACGAACCAACCUUCCGAGCGCAGUUCAAUGAACCCUCCCUGCGUCCUCACGGCACUGCCUGGCAGAUUCUACUCAAUACCAUUCUAGCACUUGGUGCAUGGAGUAUUGGAGAUGACAGCUCCGAUCUUGAUAUCACUUUCUAUCAGGAAGCCCGAGCAUGUCUGCAGCAAUCGUCUGUCUUCGAGACAGGCAACUUGACACUGGUCCAAGCAUUGUUGCUGCUGAGCAACUAUGCUCAGAAACGGAACAAACCCAACACAGGCUGGAAUUAUCUAGGUCUGGCUGUCCGUAUGGCUAUGAGUCUGGGUUUACAUAAGGAGUUCCCGGGCUGGAAGAUCAGUCUUCUCCAACGAGAAAUCCGUCGCCGACUAUGGUGGGGCGUAUUCAUUUUUGACAGCGGUGCUGCCAAAACCUUUGGCAGACCAAUUCUUCUACCGGAGGAGAGUGUCAUGGACUGCAAACAGGUCCUGAAUAUCCAUGACGAUGCGCUGACCCCCGCAACAACUACACUUCCUCAUGAAUCUCCCGGGCCUACUCUCUACUCCGGCUUAAUCGCACAAGCCCGGUUCCAUCUCCUGACCAACAGCGUGUACCAUCGUUUGAUUUCCAGCCCUAGCAUCACACCCGCAGAAACCUUAAACCUCCAGAAACCCAUGGAAGAAUGGUACAACGGCCUACCAUCCUACAUGCAUUAUCCAUUACAGUCUCUUGCCAUGCAUCCAACCCAUCCAGAUCCGGACAACCUCGCCCUCGUUCGCAAUCGUCUACUAUGGCGGAAUUGGAAUCUGACAAUUCUGAUUUACCGCCCCAUCCUCCUUCGCUGGGCCGCUCGACGCUGGGGACCCCAUGGCGGAGGCUCUGAUGGGUCAUCCGUUGCAUCAUCCGACGGAGGAAAUGAAGACCCUUGCGAAACAGAAUGCCGCAUACGCUGCCUUGAAAAUGCACGACUCACCAUCUCUUCGAUCUCCGAGUAUAUGGACCAUUAUGUCUGCACUAGGAUCGGAGCCUGGUACAUGCUCUACUUCCUUUUCCAAGCUGGUCUUAUCCCCAUUGUCUUCCUCAUGACGGACCCUUCGAAUGCAGAUGCCCCAAGCUGGUUGCAAGACGUUGAAACCACCAAAUCCCUUCUGAGACACCCAUCCCUUAGCAACAAUCAACUCGCCAUCCGAUGCUAUGAGGUCAUCAAUCGACUUCUAGGCUCACCCUCAGGUAUAAUGUCUGGUCUGCCACCUCGUCAAAUGGAUACCCGACAGUCCUUUCCCCAACAGCAGCCACAGCAAGGUUUCAUGCCAUUCCCGGAGCAGUUGUUCAACGACCCCGGGUUUGGAGGCAGUUUAUUUCCAAUCGAGCAGCAUAUGCCAAGCCCGGGCGGCAUGGACUUUUCAGAAUGGGUCAAUUACCCAGGCGCAGAGUGA